AUGUUAGUAGUUAGAAGGGUGGGUGCGAGAUGUUUCUCUCAGGCAGCGGUUUUAAGACCAAGAGAGGAUUUUACUCCUGUGAUAGGUCUAGAGGUUCACGUACAGCUUAAAACCAAAACAAAAUUAUUCUCUAGAGCUCCCAUAGGAGAAGAUGGUGGGCCCAACUCUCGAGUUGCACCUUUUGAUAUGGCUGAACCAGGCACCUUGCCAUUACUCAACAAAGCUGCUGUUUUUCAUGCCCUAAGACUGGGUUUGUUAAUGAACUGCGAGAUACCAGCAAGAUGCAGAUUUGACAGAAAACAUUAUUUCUACGCCGAUAUGCCCGCUGGAUAUCAAAUAACUCAGAUGCAGUAUCCAAUCGCAAAAAAUGGAAAGUUUGGGUUUCAUGUUUAUGACGAUGGUCUUGACCCUUAUUGGAAAGAAGUUGAUAUUAUUCAACUCCAAUUAGAACAGGACAGUGGAAAAACCAUUCAUGAGGGGAAUAUCUCGCUGAUUGAUUUGAAUAGAGCUGGAGCUCCUUUAGUAGAAGUUGUCACUGCACCAACCAUUUGUAGCUCUAUCGAAGCCGUCUGUUUCAUCCAACAGUUGAGGCUGCUGCUCAUGCAUUUCGAGAUCUGUGAAGGAGAACUUCAUAAAGGGCACAUUAGAGUGGACGCUAAUAUUUCUCUCUUUAAUGAUGGGAAAAAUGGGGUACGAUGCGAGGUGAAAAACAUGAACAGCAUCCGUCAUCUCCAGUCAGCUAUUGACUAUGAAAUUAACAGACAGUACCAUAUUUUAUCGAAAGGUGGAAUUGUAGAGUAUGAGACAAGAGCUUGUGAUUCUCAUGGUCGAACUGUGUCUAUGAGAGAAAAAGAAGGAGAUGUUGAUUAUAGAUUUAUGGCUGAACCUAACAUCCCUACUGUACAUAUUUCACGCGAACAUAUUCAAAAAUGUAAAUUUGAUUCGUACGACAAGCCUUCAUAUCAAAAGUUUAUCGACCAAGGCUUUGACCCACGAUCAGCCAUCCAUUUCGCAGAGAAUCCACUUUUAUCCAACUUCGCUUCCAACUGUUCACCUUUUUUGGAAGUUCAACCCGAAGUGUUUCUUCAUUGGUUGAAACAACUGAAAAUUCUGAUGCAAAGAUCGAAAGCUGUUUAUCCUCCUCAAAGCAAGUUUUUUGCUUCUCAAUUCAUGAAAGUAAUUGAAUUAUUGCAAUCGAAUAGAAUUACCCAACUUCGAGCUAUUGAGCUAAUUAAGGCGUACGCGAACGAAGUUGAAAUGCGAGAAACGCUGGAAGUUCAAUUCGUAACUUGGCUAGUUCCACUUCAUCCAUCGUUACAUCAAGGACAAGAGUUAUGUAUUUCUAGUGUUCUGGCCCGAUACGGAAAAGUUUGGAAGUUAUUGGAAGAAUCUAUGCUGCCGGGUUGUUUAACUAUGUAG